AUGGACAAAGACAAUUCAUCAACUGUAGCUGUGAUCGGGGCAGGAUCCACCGGUCUGUCGAUGCUCAAGACUCUCCGGGAAGACGGAUUCGAUGCUACGUUGUUUGAGAGGCGAAGUCGCGUUGGCGGUCUUUGGUCCUACACCGAGGACAAGAGCAUGACCACUGCGCUCCCUUCUACAAAUGCCAUCAUCAGCAAAUACACCUGCGGAUUCACGGAUUUCCCGAUGCCAGAUAGCGACUUCGAAGAGUACAUGGAAUCUUAUGCCGAGAACUUUGGUCUCUACAAGCAUAUCGUUUUCAACAGCACCGUCAAGAAAGUUGUCAGAAACGGCGACGGUACCAAAUGGAAAGUCGAAAUGGUCAGAUCAGGCAGCCAGGAAGUGAAAGAGUUCGACAAGGUCGUCCUCUGCCAUGGCUACCAGACGCAACCCAGGAUGCCAACCUUUGAAGGUCAAGAGCUGUACCAAGGUCAACUCCUCCAUUCACAACAGUUUCGAAACCCGGAGAGCUACAAAGGCCAAAAGGUCGUCCUCGUCGGUCUCAGCGCUACGAUGAGCGACCUUCUCACCAUUUUGGUCGACCAAGCUAGAGAAACCUACGUGUCGCACCGAAACGGCGCAAUGAUCAUAGGUCGCUGGCGGAACGGCCUCCCCACCGACCUCCUCAUCAACCGCGCCCGACGACAAAUGUCCUACUUCCUGCAGAGAAACUUUCCCAACCAGGUCAAUAAGCUCGUCAAGCUCGCCACCGGCCUCUUGAUGCGACAGCAUGGCAAGAUCGAUCCCGCAUGGCGGCUCCUCGAAAACGUCGCCCCGCUGAGCUUGCACCUCGCCGGAUGCAUGGACACGACUCUGGAGCUUCUGCGCGAGGGAAAGGUGUCGUCCCUGUACGGGAUCAAGAGGUUCCUCGGUGGCAAGAAGAUUGAGUUCACGGAUGGAACCGUUCUAGACGAUGUCGACUCUGUUGUCUGCUGUACCGGAUACACUGCAGAUUUCAGUCUCGUGCCCUUCGUGGAGACGAGCAAGCCCAAGGCGGACGCGGCCGGCCACCCGUACGGGGGCGAGUCCAUCGCCAGGCUGUACAUGAACCUCUUCCCGCCAGCUCAUGCAGAUAGCAUAGCGAUUCUUGCGUACUCGACGUACGGCAAAAAUAACGGCUUCUCGUUCUCGGACGUUACUUCCAUGGCGAUAAGCAACAUCUGGCGCGGCGUCAGCGCGGACAUGAUCCCCUCUAGACCGAAGAUGGAGCGCGCCAUUGACCGCCAUCAAGAGUGGGUCGCCGGCCGUUGGCACCAGGAGAACAGAUCUGAGCCUGGCGCGGUUAAGCAGUGGGAAUUCCAGGGGUUCUUACAUCAGGCUGCUGGCACCGGGAUGGAGAACCUGGGCUGGGGAUGGCGCGGUUGGCUGACUUGGUUUAAGGACCCUUACAUGGUGUACCUGAUCAACCACGGCGUCGAGACGGCGCAUGCGUUUAGAUACUUUGAGACGGGGAAGAGGAAGACUUGGGAUGGGGCGAGAGAGGCAAUCAUCCACAUGAACAAGUUGGUGAAGCAGCUCAAGUCUGCUAAGAGGUGA